AAAGGUGAUGGAACUGACAAUAAGACUGCUGGGAGGAGUUGUGAAGCGUCUGGAGGUGAGCAGCGAUGCCACAGUUGGCGAACUCAAGCAGCGCAUUUCUCAGCUCUUCGGAGAGCCUCCUUACAAACAGAAGCUUUCUGCCGAUAACGGCACCCAUAUCAGCCUCGAGGAUGAUUCCAGAACCCUCAGCAGUUACGGGUUGCACUCUGGAUCAGUGGUGAGUCUGCUCAUCACGAACCCAGCUGGACCUUUCCAAGUGUUCGUCAGGAAUGAGAAGGGCCAGACUGGAACGUAUGAUGUUGAUGUCAAUGAGACCGUGGAUCAGCUCCAGACUAAGAUCUACAACAAAGAGAGAGUCCCAAAGGAUCAGCAAAGACUGAUUUACAAC